AUGAGGUUAUUCAAGACGGCAGCGCAGCUUGCCGGCGCGGCGUCCGCUCUGGCGUCCAACUCGUCGUCCACGCCCACGGCCAAGACGAUCAACGGCACGUACGCGGGCCGUCACUUGGCCGGCUGGGACCAAGAUGUGUUCCUCGGCAUCCCAUUUGCCCAGCCGCCCGUUGGCCGCUUGCGUUUCAGGUGGCCGCAAUCGCUAAACACCUCCUUUUCCGAAGUCAGAGACGCGAACGAGUACGGACACACUUGCAUCCAGCAGAAGAGCACACUGGGCAUCACGGACAACAACGAUGAGGACUGCCUCAACCUCAACAUUGUCCGCCCAAGUGGCUACACCAACACGAGCAGUCCGCUCCCCGUCCUAGUCUGGAUCUACGGCGGCGGCCUUUCCGCCGGCUCGGGCGCCGACCCGCAAUACAACCUAUCGGGCAUCGUGAAGACUGCGGCUGACGCGGGCCAGCCCAUGAUCGGCGUCAGCAUCAACUACCGGCUCAGCAUCUGGGGAUUCUUGCAGUCGGCGCAGCUCCUCGCCGAGGGCAGCGCGAACGCGGGCCUGCUGGAUCAGCGCCUCGCGCUGCGCUGGGUGCAGGAGAACAUCGGCGCGUUCGGCGGCGACCCGUCGCGGGUGACGGCGUGGGGCGAGAGCGCGGGCGCGCAGAGCAUCGCGCUGCAGAUGCACGCGUACGGCGGGCGCGACGACGGGCUGUUCUCGCGCGCCAUCCUCGAGUCGGGCGGGCCCACGGGCGCGUCGCUAAACACGCUCCCGCACUACAACGCCGCCAUGGAGAACCUCACGCGCACCGUCGGCUGCUGGGGCGCGUCGGACCCGCUGUCGUGCCUGCGCGACCUGCCCGCCGCGACCCUGCACGCCGCCCGUCCCAGCCAAGUGUGGAACCCGCUCGUCGACGGCGACUUCCUCACCGCAUACCCGUCCGACCUGCGCGCCGAGGGGAGCUUCGUCAAAGUCGCCCUCCUGACCGGCGCCAACACGGACGAAGGCACGUCCUUCUCGCUGAAGUACAAUCUCGACAACGACACGGCCCUCGCCAACUCCCUCCUCUCCUGGCGCAACUACGCCCUCUCCCCGCCCACCGUCCGCCGCCUGCUCGCCCUCUACCCGGACGACGCGACGACGCCGAAGCCGCCCUUCCACGUGGCCCCGUCCGAGCCCUUCGCCCAGUACGGCACCCAAUGGCGCCGCUCCGGCGCCAUCGGCGGCGACCUCGUCAUGGUCGCGCAGCGCCGCGGCAUGGCCGAGGCGUAUGCGGCUGCCGAGCAGGACGUGUGGAGCUACCGCUUCGACACGCCGCUGUGGAACGCGCCGGCCGCGACGGGCGCGAAUCACUUUUGCAACGUCGUCUUCUCGUUUCAGAACAUCAGCGGCGCGUUGGGGCCGUAUCCGAGCUACAAAGAGCUGAGUCUGGGCAUCGGGCGGGCGUAUGCGAAUUUCGUAGCCACGGGCGAUCCGAACGGGCGAACGAACGGUACGGGCGAGGCUGUUGCGGCGCUGCCGCACUGGCCAAAGUAUGAACUGGCGGCGCCGGUGAACAUGGUCUUGAUAGCUAAUGGGAGUUUUGUGGAGGAUGAUACGUGGAGAAAGGAGGGGAUUGCAUAUAUCAACACGCAUGGAGUGUUGAGGGAGUUGUUAUCAUAG